AUGGCCGAAACGACGAGCAACCAAACCACCAAUGGAGCCCUAACCGAUCUCCCGGAAGAAAUCCUGAUCCACAUCCUCUCCUUCCUCCCGACCUUGUACGCCGUCCAAACCUCUCUCGUUUCCCGCCAAUUUCGAUCCCUCUGGUCCCGCGUUCCCUCCCUCGACUUCUCCUACGACCUCUUCCCCUCCGCCGUGCCCGACCCGACCCGCCUCUUCGCUUCCUUGGUCGACCGCGCUCUCCUUCUACGCUCCAUCUCCCCGAUACAAACCUUCCGCCUCUCCUUCCUCUACUACUACCGCUACAGCUCCCACGUCGACUCCUGGCUCCGCUGUGCCGUCACGCGCUUCCACGCGCGAGAACUCCACCUCGACCUCUACAUCGACAAAGAGUACCAGAACGAAGUCAGCCUCGAUGAGAUGUACGAGUUCCCUUUCGCCGUGCUGAGAGACUCGCGCGUGGAAGUUCUGAGCCUCACUCGCUGCUACAUCUGGCUGCCGGCGGACAUGAACCUCGUCUCAAUUAGGACCGUACAUCUGGAACGGAUUGAGAUGACGGAUGAGAUGGUUAGGGAUUUGAUUUCGGGGUGUCCCAACCUGGAAGACCUGGAAAUUCACGACUGUCAUGGAAUGGAGAAUUUGAAGAUAUGUAGCCAAAAGCUCAAGAGGCUUGCGCUCGGGUACUUCUACGAUUGUGAUGAAAGGAACACGGUGGAGAUUGAUUGCCGGAAUCUUUGGUUUUUGAAAUUUGAUUGCUGUAGUUUUACGCAGUUUCGGCUUAAGAAUGCAUCGUGUUUAGUUGAGUUCCAUAUUGGCAUUGUUCACAUGGAGCAGUACUACUGUUUGUGGACCAAGAUGGUGAAGCUACUGGAGCAAGCUCCUCAUGUGAAGAGCCUUAAUGUGGAGAAUUGGUGGCUUAAGUUUGUGAUAUCAGAGAAUCCUUUCCCGAAAAGUUUCAAGCUCCAGAAUGUAAGGCUAUUAGAGCUACGAACAGGGUAUACUCAAUAUGAUCUUAUUGGGAUGGCGGCACUGCUUGCACUUUGCCCCAAUCUCGAGACAAUGAUUCUUGAUUACCUUCACAAGAUAGAGGAAGAUGAGAGUUUACCAGAAGAGAUCUCAAAUAUACCAGUUAAUUUGAAUAUACCAAGACUCAAAGAAGUUAAGAUGCUGAAAUUUUUCGGAUCAGAAGAUGAACAUACCUUUGUUACUAUGUUGAAGAAGCAAGGAGCUGCGCUUUGGAAGAUUACCCUUUUUCCUUUCAAAAUCGAGGGGAACUCUUGCCACCAAUAUCCUCCGGAUAGAAACAGCAAGCUUUGGGAUGGUACAUCUCAGAAUGCACAUGCAAUGAUGGUUGGCACUCUAAAUUGGCAUAGUGAGUUUCUUAAAGCUCAGCAAACACAGGUUCAAAAGUGUACAGUAUUGGAUUCUGCUACCUCAAUAAACAAGCUCAAAAACAGUGUUGAUGGAGCUUACUUGCCCUCUCAAAAUAUUGGGGGUAUUGAUGGAGUUAUCAGAAGAGAGGAUGGCUCAUUUGUAGCUGGGCAAGCUGGCUCUACUCAUCAUGCUCAAUAG